AAAACCACGCUUACGUCAAAAUCGUGAAAAUAAAACAAAACUUAUUUCUAAAGAAAUGCUUGUUUUUUACCAAAAAUAUUUCAACUCUAAAUAAUUUUAAUUUUUGAUAGAGUGAAAGAAAAUAUAUAUGCUUAUCAUUUAAAGCAUAUUUUAUUUGCAUCAAAUCAGAAGACUGAGUAAGAACCCAAUAUUGAAAAAUGUCUAUGCCACAUAGUAGCUCCAGUGGAACCAGCUCAAAUACAAAACGUAAAGAAAUAUACAAAUACCAAGCACCAUGGCCUCUCUAUUCAAUGAACUGGUCAGUGCGCCCUGACAAAAGAUUCAGACUGGCACUUGGCAGCUUUGUGGAGGAAUACAAUAAUAAGGUACAAAUCAUUUCUCUGGAUGAAGAAACUAGUGAGUUCAGUGCCAAGAGCACUUUUGACCACCCAUAUCCAACCACCAAAAUUAUGUGGAUACCUGACAGCAAGGGAGUGUAUCCUGACCUACUCGCUACUAGCGGUUUGGACCUAGAACUUUCUAGAUGUUUCCUCGGAUCUACUGAUGUAUUCGGGGCAUUAUCAAAAGUUUCUAAAAUAGCAACCCGUGACUACCUUCGCAUUUGGCGAGCGGGUGAACCUUACACUCUCUUUGAGUGUGUCCUCAAUAACAACAAGAACUCGGACUUCUGCGCCCCCCUGACGUCAUUUGACUGGAACGAAGUCGACCCCAAUCUGAUUGGCACCAGCAGUAUAGACACAACAUGCACCAUAUGGGGCUUGGAGACUGGCCAGGUGUUGGGCAGAGUUAACGAGGUGUCAGGACAUGUGAAAACACAACUCAUCGCUCAUGACAAGGAGGUGUAUGACAUAGCGUUCAGUCGCGCGGGUGGCGGCCGCGACAUGUUCGCAUCUGUGGGCGCCGACGGAUCCGUCAGGAUGUUCGACUUGAGGCAUCUAGAACAUUCCACAAUCAUAUAUGAGGACCCGCAGCACACGCCGCUGCUGCGGCUGGCGUGGAACAAGCAGGACCCCAACUACCUGGCGACGGUGGCGAUGGACGCGUGCGAGGUCAUCAUCCUGGACGUGCGCGUGCCCUGCACGCCCGUCGCCAGGCUCAACAACCACCGCGCCUGCGUCAACGGCAUCGCCUGGGCGCCCCACAGAAUAGCUUUCAACCAUUAUUGGUUUAACAUCAAUAUUUGA